CCUCCACCAUGGUCUUAGGGAAGCGUGCCACUCUGUUUGUUGCAGUCCUGUUCACGAUUAUCCUUGGAUCAGUAGAAGGAGCUUACAUUCCUAUCUUGCAGCAGGAUCAGGAUAUCAACCCUGCCGAUGGAUCUUACAGAUACAGCUAUGGGACAGCCAACGGCAUCAUAGUGUCCGAGCAGGGACGAGUCAAAUACCUCGGACCUGACAAUGUAGCUCAUACAGUGGAUGGAUCUUACUCAUACCUCAAUGACGAUGGUACUCUCGUGCAUGUCAAGUACGUGGCGGACGAACACGGGUACCGAGCUGUACCUAAUGUGUUGUAUCGGCCCCAGGCCGUCACCAGGGUAGCCAGUCCAGGGGGAGGAGUGUACUUCAACAACUACGACUCCCUUAAAUAUGCUCUUCGACUGUGA